AUGAUCACUGCCGUCGUAGUGUCCACUUCUCUCGCUAUACUCACGCCAGUCGUCCUCUUUGUCUGCAGGAUUCUGUAUCGCAACUGGACCUCGCCUCUGCACUUUGUUGACGGCCCGGCCUGUGCGAAUCCUAUCCUCGGACACUCGAAUUUGAUCGCGGAUGUUCCCGGGAUCACCAAUGCGUGGCGGGAGAAAUUCGGCGCGACAUUCAUGGCCAAGGGCUUUUUGGGCGAGAACGAGCUGCACACCAAAGAUGUCAAAGCCGUGGCUCAUAUCGUCAGCCACGGGGCGACCUAUCAGAGAACGACGACAGCAUUGGCGCAGGUCACCCAGCUCCUUGGAGAAGGCAUGUUGUCCGUCGAGCACGAUCCGCACAAGCGCCAGGCAAGUUUCUUGUAUGCCGUUUCGAGAUCAUAUCGUGUGUUCACCGCGUGUUCGAACCCCGCGUUCGGCGUGGCACAGAUCAGAAUCAUGAACGAGGUGUUCGUUGAGAAAGCAAACAGGCUGAGAGACCUCCUGAGACAGGAGACCGGAGACAGGGGCGGAAAAGCGAUCAUCGAUCUCUCUGGCUGGCUCACACAAGUCACCCUCGACAUCAUCGGACAAGCCGGCUUCGGGUACCAGUUCAACUCCUUGGAGUCCGGUGGACAGGACGAGGCAGAGCUCAGCACUGUCUUUCGCUCGCUGUUUCACUCCCCCAAUGCCAAUGUGUACCAGACUGUGCAGGUCGCGCAGGCAAUGUUUCCAGUGCUGAGAUAUGUCCCACUGCCCGGGUGGCAGAUCAUUCGUCUUGCCCAAAUCAAACUGCGCGCCAUCGGCCAGCAACUUCUGCAAAAAUCCCAACGCGAGUCUGCCGCUACGGCCGGCGAGAAAGACCUCGGAAAGGGCCGUGAUCUGCUGGCUCUCCUUGUCAAGGCGAACAUGUCGGGCGAUCUUCCUGCCAGUCAGAGGCUGAGCGACGAGGAAGUCAUUUCGCAGAUCCCGACGUUCUUUUUUGCGGGACACGAAACGACCAGCACCGCGCUGUCUUGGGCGCUGCACGCUCUAUCCCAGCACCCCGACGUGCAGGACAAGCUCCGUCAGGAGCUGCUCUCGCUCCCAACCGACCAUCCCACCAUGGAUGAGCUCAAUGCACUCCCGUUCCUGGAGAACUUCAUCCGGGAGUCGAUGAGAUUGUAUGCGCCGGUGGUCUUCAACCAGAGAAUGGCCAACCAGGACGACGUGUUGCCUCUUGCGAAGCCGUAUGUCGAUCGUCAAGGCGUGUCGCACGACACCCUCCCGAUCCGCAAAGGUCAAGUGUUCACUAUCCCCAUUCUCGCGAUCAACACAGACAAGCAGACUUGGGGUGAAGAUGCCCUCGAGUUCAAACCGGGCCGGUGGGACGAUCUCCCUGAGGCGGUGCACUCGGUCCCGGGUGUGUGGGCAAACCAGCUGACGUUCUUCGCUGGCUCGCACAACUGCAUCGGCUUCCGAUUCAGUAUCGUCGAACAAAAGGCUAUUCUCUUCUCGCUUCUCCGCGCGUUUGAGUUCUCUCCCGGAGCAGCGGUCAUUGGUCCCAUCAUCAGCAAUGUGCUCCAGCGGCCUGUGUCGUUCGAGCCAGGAACUGCGGGCCUCGUGUCGACGGGGAAGUUCCCGGUUAUGCUUCGGGAGUACACUGCUCAAUGAGCAUUGGCCCUGUUGCAGACGACAAAUCUAAUACCACUUACCACUCCAUUACACUGGCGAAUAUAUUCUGUUGUCGAUGUGUACGGUUCCAAAAAC